AAGAUCCAUCCGGGUUAAGGACGGUGUAAGCAGAAGUUGAUUCAUCACAGCAGCCAGCGGGAGUUUGUAGGAUAGCCGCUACCCGCAUCCUCGGCCUCCGCGUCUACGCGACUUUCUUCGACCGCUGUCAUGUCGGAAGCCUACCCAAGCCCGCAACUCACAGGUGUUGGCCGUCCACCGCGAAGUGGCCGGAUCUCCUCGAGCCCCUCUCUCCACGAGACGCAGCGCCCCCGCUCGCUGCAUCUGCUCGUCGCCGCCAAUGGCUCAAGGGACGUGGCGUUUGCGGAGGCCAUCACCGUCCGCCUUUCCAAAGAACCCCAGAUCUCCACAAGAGCCAUCGUCGACGACAUGACACACAGGCUGGCGCAGGAGAUCAUCGUGCUCCAGAAUCAGAGCUUGAGGAGGGGCUCCCCGGACGGCCCGAGUCCUAGGGACAUCGAGUCGUGUCAGCAAUCGGCGUCCGAGCUGGUCGAGUGGGCCGACCUGCUCGUCCUCGCGCCUGUCGACGCCGACACCCUCGCCAAGAUGAUGUGCGGCAUCUCGGACACCCUGCUGCUCGAGGUGCUCCGGAGCUGGGACGCCUCCAAACGGAUCAUUAUGGUGCCCGGCAUGAGCACCCAGAUGUGGGAGAACCCCGUCACCAAGCGCCAGAUGAGCAAGCUGCACCGCAAGUGGGGUUGGAUCCGGGUCAUGCCCCCGAUCCUCUGGCAUUACGAUAAGAGCCCCCAUCCCAAGCGCAUCGUCGAGUGGGACGGCUUCAACGAGCUACUCGGCAUCAUCAAGAACCAGGCCGACUUUCUCAAGCUGGGCCACGACAUGGAGAUCAGCGCCCAGCCGGGCACGCCCCCGGCGAUGAGAGCGAAAGCCCGGAGCACCCUCCCACCCGAGAUCUGGAGCAUGAUCCUCGAGUUCACCAACGACUGGGAGCUCGCCACCUGCCUCGGCGUCUAUACGAACCUCGAGAUGCCCACCAGCCAGGGCUGGCGGCGCGAGCCCAAGGACCCCAAUGACCCGCUCCAGGUCUUCAUGCACUCGCUGGAAUGGACCCUCCUCACCGCCGACACCAAGGCGGUCUGCGACAAGCUCGCCCACGCCCCGCCCACCUUCCACGACCUCUCGGCGCUCGCCGUCCACCUCAUCUUCAAGUUCUCCCUCACGGGCGUGCUCACCUACAUCGAGGCCAACCUCCCUCACAUCUUCAAGUGCUUCGACGGCAAGACGAUCCCGACCAAGGCGUCGGCCUACUACGGCCGCACCGAAAUUCUCGACUGGUGGGCCCGUUCGCCCUCGUUCCUCGAGAAACAGUACGACGUCGAGGCGCUCAACCACGCCUCGGGUCACGGCUUCGUGCACAUUCUCGACUGGUGGCGCCGCUCCGGCCUGCCCCUCAAGUACGACGAGCAGGCCUUCGAGGCGGCCUCGGCCAAGGGCCACGUGCACGUGCUCGAGUGGUGGCGCGAGGCAGGCCGGCAGGACCCCUCCAUCGUCAUCAAGCCCGGCCGGUCGCUGCUCGCCGCCGCCCAGUGGGGCCAGGUCGCCGUCAUCCGCUGGUGGGAGGAGAGCGGCAUUCCCGUCGGUCACCAGGACGCCGUGUGCAAGAUGGCGAGCCGCUGGGGGCAGGUCAAGGUGCUGGACCUGUGGCGCCAGCUGAGGGGGGACGACAAGUUCCAGUUCGACAACCAGAUCCUGAUCGAGGCCACCCUGCACGCGCACAUACCCGUGCUGGAGUGGUGGCGCCAGUACGCGCACGGGGAACUGCCGGGCAUGGGCGGCCGCAAGGGGAACAGGGUGGAAUACAAGACGAUGGACGUCGAGGAGGCGUUGGAGGAUUCGCUGGGCGAUCAGACCAAGGUCAGGAGGUGGUGGGCCGAGAACGGUCUCAACUUGGGACUCGGCACAAGCGAGUGGAUGAAAAUACGGUAUUUGUGAAGGGAAAAAAGAAGGGGAAAAGGAGAGGAAAAGGAGGGUAAUGGGGGGGGGGAGGUUGCACAUUUACAGGCGCAGGGGAGACUACGAACUGAUAUCAACAGGUGUUGGAAUUUAGGACA